CCGGUGGGGCCGCCUGUCUGCGGCGCCCGGCGCUGCUGGGCGAGGUCAGGGAAAGUCCAUGUGAGGAGCCGCUGGAAUCACUUCCUGCUGCCGCCGCCGGGACCGCCGCCACAGCCGGCACCGCCGCUAGGCCGAGCAGCGCCGCGCCGCGCGUCCAUGGGGCCGGAGCCCCGCAGAUGUGCCCUACUUUGGAUACCCCUGCAUUGAAUGCCUGAGGAGCUCCGGCGGAUCCUGAGCCAUGUCGCAGAUGUUGCACAUAGAGAUUCCCAACUUUGGGAACACCGUGCUGGGCUGCCUGAACGAGCAGCGCCUGCUGGGGCUGUACUGCGAUGUCUCCAUCGUGGUGAAGGGCCAGGCCUUCAAGGCACACCGUGCCGUGCUGGCUGCCAGCAGCCUCUACUUCCGAGACUUGUUCAGCGGGAACAGCAAAAAUGCCUUUGAGCUGCCAGGGACGGUGCCCCCCGCUUGCUUCCAGCAGAUCCUCUCCUUUUGCUACACCGGCAAGCUCACCAUGGCGGCCAGCGAGCAGCUGGUGGUGAUGUACACGGCGGGCUUCCUGCAGAUCCAGCACAUCGUGGAGAAGGGGACAGACUUGAUGUUCAAGGUGAGCUCGCCCCACUGUGACUCUCAGACCGCCAUGAUCGAAGACCCCUCCUCAGAGCCGCAGAGCCCCUGCAACCAGCUGCAGUCAGCCUCUGCACCCUACGUCAUGUCCCCCUCCAUGCCCAUCCCGCUCCUCACCCGGGUCAAGCACGAGAGCCUGGAGCUGCCGCCGGCCGCCGUGCCGGGCCUGCCUGCCAAGCGGCCCCUGGAGCCGGGCGCACGUGAUGGCCCUGCAGGAGCAGGUCCUGCUGCCGGCCCGCUGAAGCUGUCACGUGUCUCCUACUAUGGGGUGCCCAACCUGGCCUCCCUCCUGCCCACCGUGCAGCAGGUGCAGUACUCGCAGGGGGAGCGCACCAGCCCCGGCGCCAGCAGCAUCCCCACCACUGACAGCCCCACGUCCUACCACAACGAGGAGGAUGAGGAGGACGACGAGGCGUACGACACCAUGGUGGAGGAGCAGUACGGGCAGAUGUACAUCAAGUCCUCGGGAGGCUAUUCUGUUGCACAAGAAAAGCCGGAGCAGAUCCCGCUGGAGAACCGCUCCUGUGUCCUCAUCCGCCGGGAUCUGGUUGCCCUCCCAGCCAGUCUCAUCAGCCAGAUUGGUUACCGCUGCCACCCGAAGCUCUACUCCGAGGGGGACCCUGGGGAGAAGCUGGAGCUCGUCGCAGGCUCAGGUGUUUACAUCACGCGGGGGCAGCUGAUGAAUUGCCACUUAUGUGCUGGUGUCAAACACAAAGUCCUCCUGAGGCGACUCCUGGCCACGUUCUUCGAUCGGAACACCCUUGCCAACAGCUGUGGAACCGGAAUCCGCUCCUCCACAAGUGACCCCAGCAGGAAACCUCUGGACAGCAGAGUCCUGAACGCCGUGAAACUGUAUUGUCAGAAUUUUGCCCCAAGCUUUAAGGAAAGCGAGAUGAAUGUCAUAGCAGCUGAUAUGUGCACCAACGCCCGCCGGGUCCGCAAGCGUUGGCUCCCGAAGAUCAAAUCCAUGCUGCCCGAGGGGAUGGAGAUGUACCGCACCGUGAUGGGCUCCAGCACAAACAGCGUCCCUCUGGAUCCCGAAUUCCAGCCCAGCUCUGCUCAGGUCUUUGAGCAGCAAAUCUAUGCAGAAAGGAGGAGCGAUUCAGGAACUAUAGUAGCAUUGAGAACUAACACAGUGAGCGUCGAUCUGAGCAAUGGAUCCAGCCAGUCCUUCGAACAGAGCGAGGAUGCCGAGGGCGCCGGCUCUGUCAUACAGGAGGCGGCUGCCACGGAUGCCAUGGCAUCGGAUACCCAAAGCACUCCCCAACCUUUUGAGCAGGGCUCGGGCCCCUCCAGCCGGCCCGAAACUCCGGUGAGAAGACAGGAUGGCACUUAUGGAGGGACUUUAUAGAGAGAGCAACCGUUUUGUGACCUAUAAGGGAUCUGUAAUACUAAAGCUGCUUGCAUGCAUUACUAAUACAAAACAAAAAUGUGAUCAAGCCACUUACCUACUGAACUGCUACUGUUGCCUGAAAAAAAUGUGAUUUUUAUUCUGCUUGUAUUUAAAAUUUAUGAAGGAAAUAAUCGCAUUCGUUAUACUGUAAACGAUAGGUCUGUGGCGACCUACUUAAAAAAAGAGAAAACUAUCGGGCUCCUUUUUUUGAUAUUCCUGAGG